CCUUACAACAGGCUCUCUUUCAAUGGCGUCUGCUCUCUCCUCUCCACCAUUAACUUCCGUCAGAGCCACACCAAGACCAGGAAAAUGCAUGGGCAAGCAUAACAAUCAAAGCCAGGUUAAACAUGAUGGAUUCCAACGUUCUCCAGCUACCAAAUUUCGCAAUCUGAAAGCUAAGGCUGCAAAAAGUAAUCCAAGCGCCAAACCGAAUAGCGUAAUUUGUAGUGACUGUGACGGAAAUGGUGCAGUUCAAUGCUCGCAAUGCAAAGGUAGUGGAGUCAAUUCUGUUGAUCUCUUCGAUGGACAGUUUAAAGCUGGUGAUUCAUGUUGGCUUUGCGGAGGGAAAAAGGAUAUGUUAUGUGGAAAUUGCAAUGGAGCUGGUUUUGUUGGAGGUUUCUUGAGCACUUAUGAUGAAUAGAAGUUAUAUGAUUUGGUCCACUGUAUCCUCGGAGCAUGGUUAUAUUUUUGCACAUAUGCAUUAACGUAGCCAUUUAUUGGGGCAUGUAUGUCAACUUUGUGCAAAAGCAUGCAACAGAAAAUGAUAGUUCCCCCCUAUCCAUCCCUGUGAAAGUUAUCCUACUUAAUUGCUGUGAAAGGUAGAUUUCAGUUUGUUGUUUCAGUCAUCUGUAUUACAUAUUAGGGUAGGAGACGGAGGAUUCUGCAGGCUGCACUGGCAGUACUGCAAAUUUGGAAAAUGAUUCUGUUUAAUAUUGAUCCAAAAAUUAAAAAUUGAUUUGGAUGUUUCAUUUCCAUUCA